UCCAAACUGUAUCAUCUUCGAGGGGGUAAAAUUAAAAUCCCUUCCCUUUUUUCUUUAUAGUAUUCCCCCCUCUCUGGAAUCUUUUUAAUUUCUUUUUGUCCCUUCUUUUUUAAAAAGAGUUGCAUGCACGCAAAGUAUGCUGUGGAAUGCGCCGCGCGAGAGCUUCACCAUGCGGGAGGAGAGGACUUUUUGGGUGAGCGCUGACAGAUGGAAGAAGUGAAAAAGACAGCACCCGGUAUGCAGCGCUCCUGGGUGAUGUUUUGGGGAGCUUUACUCUUCAACUACAGGCUGGCGGACGCCAAGGAGCACGACCCUCGGUCGUCGUCGAACAUGUCUCCGUCCGACUUUCUGGACUCGCUCAUGGGUCGAACGUCAGGCUACGACGCGCGAAUACGACCCAAUUUUAAAGGUCCGCCUGUUAACGUUACCUGCAACAUAUUUAUCAACAGCUUUGGUUCUAUAGCUGAAACUACCAUGGAUUACAGAGUGAAUAUCUUCCUGCGGCAGACGUGGAAUGACCCCCGGUUGGCGUACAGCAAAUACCCAGACUCCUCUCUGGACCUGGACCCUUCCAUGCUGGACUCCAUUUGGAAGCCUGACCUCUUCUUCGCCAACGAGAAGGGCGCUAAUUUCCACGAUGUCACGACGGACAACAAGCUUUUGAGGAUUUUCAAGGAUGGGAAUGUCCUCUACAGUAUCAGGUUGACCCUUAUCCUCUCCUGCCCGAUGGAUCUGAAAAACUUCCCAAUGGAUGUCCAAACGUGUACAAUGCAACUUGAGAGUUUCGGCUACACCAUGAACGACCUGAUCUUUGAGUGGCUGGAGAAAGGUGCCGUGCAAGUGUCAGAUGGUCUGACACUGCCUCAGUUCAUCAUGAAGGAAGAGAAGGAGCUGGGCUACUGUACCAAACACUACAAUACCGGCAAAUUCACCUGCAUUGAGGUGAAAUUCCAUCUGGAGCGUCAGAUGGGGUACUACCUGAUUCAGAUGUACAUCCCCUCCCUCCUCAUUGUCAUCCUCUCAUGGGUGUCCUUUUGGAUCAACAUGGAUGCCGCCCCUGCCCGAGUGGCACUGGGUAUCACCACUGUGCUCACCAUGACCACGCAAAGCUCUGGCUCUAGAGCUUCUCUUCCAAAGUGCACUCCUUGUUUGUCUGAGUGUUCUGUUUUUGCCACCAUAAAUGCAUCUUUCUCACCUGGAGUGGACCGCCAGUUCCCCUAGGAACGGGCUGAUGUGACGCCAGCGCAACAGUGAGAGGGAUGAGAGUCCUUGAGAAGUGAAUAGUUGAUGCUGAGGGCUUACUUGUACCCUCUUAGAUCCCACUCUCCUCUGCAGCCAGCCGUCAAUAUCACCCAAACUGUGAUCGGGGGAAUCUAUGUGGAAAGUCCAGUGAUCCAGCACCGACAACAGAGACAGCAAGUCCUCCAGAGCCAUAUCUCGGUACCGAGAAAUGAAAAAAUAUAAGAUGAAAACAUGCAUGUAUAGAAUUACCGUAUUUUUCGGACUAUAAGUCGUAUUUUUCAUAGUAUGGCUGGGGGUGCGACUAAUACUCUGGAGCGACUUAUGUGUGAAAUUAUUAACACAUUAUUAUAUCAUUUCACGUGUUUUGUUUUAUUUAUUUAUUUAUUAUUUAUUUGUUUUUGUUUUAUUUAGUAUUUUGGAGUGACACUGAUGGUUUGGUCAACUUGUUAGCAUGUUGUUUAUGCUAUAGUUAUCUGAAUAACUCUUAAUAGCUAUGUUACGUUUACAUACCGGCAACGGUUGCAUUUCGUUGUUCAUGCAUCAUGUAACAUUAUCAAACACUUAUUCAGCAUGUUGUUCUCUAUUUUAUUAUUUUAAAUAAUAGUAAUAAUAAUAAUUAUUAUUUUAAAUUGCCUUUCAAGAUGACAUAUCUGUUCUAUGUGUUGGAUUAUAUGGUUACUGACAUCACGAUUGGGUGCAGAGAAAAAUUAACAGUAAAAAGUGAGCUAGACUUCUGUGCUAAUUAACUGAAGCUGAUUUUGAAGCUGAUACUUGCAAGUGCUGGACUAUGUUAGUGCAUGUGUGU